AGGGAACUGCGCGCAGCACGCUUCUCGUCAGCCUAACCAAGGCACAAGGGCUUGGGCGGAGGGACAGUGAGCAGACAGACACACGGCGGCCGCGAGCACCGCGCAGGUCAGAGCCAGGCUUGCACCCAGAGGCGGACAGCCGACUGUGCCCGGCGCAAUCUCCUGCGCUCCGCCCGCCCGGCUCCCCUGCCAGCGCCCAGUGGCCGCCGCCUCCAAAGUGAUUGCUGCCUCGCCGCCUCCGCCGGGCCCGGGACCAUGAAGCUACUGCCGUCGGUGGUGCUGAAGCUCCUCCUGGCUACAGUGCUCUCAGCGUUGGUAACCGGUGAGAGCCUGGAGCGAAUUCGGAGAGGGGUGGCGGCCGGAACCCGCAAACCAGACCCUCCCACUGGAUCCACUGACCAGCUCCUGCCCUCCGGAGAUGCCCGGAGCCGAGAGGUCCUGGACUUGGAUGAGGCAAACCUGGACCUUUUCAGAGUUGCUUUCUCCUCCAAGCCGCAAGCUCAGGCCACACCAAGCAAGGAGGAAUAUGGGAAAAGAAAGAAGAAGGGCAAGGGGCUAGGGAAGAAGAGAGACCCUUGUCUUCGAAAAUACAAGGACUUCUGCAUCCAUGGAGAAUGCAGAUAUGUGAAGAAGCUGCGGGCUCCAUCUUGCCUGCAGAAUUUGCCUGACCUUGCUUAUUCCUGCGUUCUGCCUCCAGUCCUGUGUUCGCAGUGCAGAAGGCAGCAAGAAGACACAGGUCUCCUGGUUUGGGGAAGCAUGACAUCUGGCUGCCAGCCAGGUUACCAUGGAGAGAGGUGCCAUGGGCUGACCCUCCCAGUGGAAAACCGCUUGUAUUCGUAUGACCACACAACCAUCCUGGCCGUGGUAGCUGUGGUACUGUCUUCUGUCUGUCUGCUCGUCAUUGUGGGGCUUCUAAUGUUUAGGUACCAUAGGAGAGGAGGCUACAAUGUGGAAAAUGAAGAGAAGGUGAAGUUGGGGAUGACUAAUUCCCAUUGAGAGAGACCUGCACUCAAGGAAUCAGCUGGGGGCUGCUACCUCUGAGAAGACACAAGUUGAUCACAGACUCUGCAGAGGCGAAGGACUUCACAGCUAGCCAUGAAGACUCCUUCAUCCCCAGUUGCUAUCUAGAUUGGGCCUCCCAUAAUUGCUUUGCCAAAAUACCAGAGCCUUCAAGUGCCAAAUGGAAUAUAUCUGAUGGGAUCCGGGUCAGAAGAAAGCAAAAAUGAGGGCCCUUCAUGCCCUUCUGAUUUCCCUCCACCAAAACCCCACUUACCCCCAAAAGUUUGUUUAAACACUUAUCUUCUAGACUCAAAUGCCAGUUCAAUUCCAUAUGCGCCAGGAUCUUUGACUGAAAAAAAAAAGGAGAAAGAAGAAGAAGGAAAGAUUUGUGGACUAGAAGAAAAUAACAAAGAUUGAGAAGCCAUGUACUCAAGUAGCCACCAAGGGAUCUACCAUUUGGACCCUCCAGCGCUGGAUUUGAUGAGCUAACUGUGAAAUACCACAAGCCCAAGAACUCUGAAUUUUGGGACUUCUGCCCAGAUGGAAAAAUAACUUAACAACUAUUUUUUGUUUGUUUGUUUGUUUGUUUGUAAAAUGCCUUUUAAAUUAUAUAUUUAUUUUAUUCUAUGUAUGUUAAUUUAUUUAGUUUUUAACAAUCUAACAAUAAUAUUUCAAGUGCCUAGACUGUUACUGUGGCAAUUUCCUGGCCCUCCACCCCACAUCCCCCAUCAUCUGGCUCAGCACCACACUCAUCUGCCACAAAUAUGAGUGGCUCUGUGACCCAUCUGUAGUAAUUUAUUGUCUGUCUACAUUUCUGAAGAUCUUCCAUGAUCAAAGUGCUGCAGGGGGAGUUGUGUACGGUCAGGAUGUAGGAGUUAACUUUGUCAGAUCCACUCUAUGAGUUGGACUGCAGUCUUGCCUAGGCAAUUUUGUCUACCGUGUGUGUUUUGAAAGCUGACGGUGCUGAUGUCAAGGUGUAACAGAUAUCAGUGUUUCCCUGUGUCCUCUCCUUCCCAAAUCUCAGAAAAGGUUGGGCUCCCAUGCCUGCAGCUUUCCUGGCCCUUCCCCACCAUGGCCUCUGGCCCACAGAAUAGGAGCUCACUCUCCUUUGUGUCAAGACAUUUCUCUCACUCCAGCCAUUCUUCUGGUGCUACUCCACGCAGGGGUCAGUACAGCAGAGAACAGUCUAGAGAAGGUGUUAGCAAAGAAAAAGGCUGAGGAGGAACAGGAAGCGUUGGUGCUGACUGUUCUGGGUAAUUAAUCGAUUACCUGCCAAUGUCUAGACAGAAGGCUGGAGGUGCGGAAGGUUUUUGUGUAAACCCACCCAUCUCACCAAAACUACAAAGGUAUGCUGUCUUGAUCCCUUCUGGAAGUUUCUGGUGCCAUUUUUAAACUGUUACAACCUGUAUUUCCAAACCUGGUUCAUAUUUAUACUUUGCAAUUCAAAUAAAGAUAACCCUUACUCCAUA